AUGAUCGCUAAAGAACCAAACCACACUAACGUCUCGAAGAUCGAGGAGGUCGAGGUCGAUCCCGCACCGACCAACGUCCUCGCUCCCCUCCCCGCGCGGAAGAAGGGCAUACUCCUCUUCUGUUUCUGCCUCGCCGUCUUCAUGGAUGUGGCAGGCACCAGUGCGGCGUUUAUCAUGACCGCGCCCAUCGCCGCCGACCUCGGCCUCGAUAUCGGUAACAGUAUCUGGAUCGUGUACGCUUACGGGAUCCCGUUCGCCGCGCUCCUCCUCUUCGCCGGCCGCGUGGCCGAUCUCUACUCCCCCAGCCUGGUAUUUGCAUCCGGGUUCCUUGGGUGUGGGGUUCUUAACCUCGUCAUCUCAUUUAUGACUAACAAAUACGCGUUCCUUAUCCUUCGUGCCAUCAGUGCAGUUUUUGCCGUUUUCACCCUCCCGUCCAGCGUGAAUAUGAUCGGCGCCGACCUCCUCCUGGCCCUCCUCGUGCUUUUCAUGUUGUCAUGGACCCAAGUCGAGGGUCAAGGAUGGAACAACCCGCUCUUCAUUGCGCCACUGGUCAUAUCCCUCGUUCUCCUCCCCCUCUUCCUCCUAUGGGAGAACAAGCUACCAGUUGGCUUCUCCCUCCUCCCACACGGCAUGUGGCGGUUCCCCAACAUGGCCCCGCUCGUCAUCUCAGCCCUCACCAUAUUCCUCUGGUACGCGCCCUACCAACUCCGCAUGGCGACGUACUUCCAAGUCGUGCUACACGACUCGGCCAUCAUCACCGGCGUCAAGAUCCUUCCUAUGGGCGUGACGGCCUGUAUCGUCGGGGGGGUUGCUCAGCACGCCUCAGUCCUGCAUAAUCCUCGAUACUCCGUACCUAUUUCCAGUAUACUCUGUUUCGGCUCAGGCCUCCUCCUGGCGUUCUCGGGCGGAGGCCACGGAAAAGAUUACUGGCGCUAUAUCUUUCCAAGCCAGAUCAUUGGCACAAUGGGCGCAAUGGUCAUCUACGUCAUCAUGAACACAGUCCUGAUCCAGACGUUUCCCCAGGACUUUGCCGGAGUCGCUGGCAGUUUCGUCCAGGUCCUCUUCCAGAUCGGGGCGGCGAUUGGGAAUGCCGCCCAGGCUGGGUUCUUGGGCGCGCAUACUGAUUCUGCCAAGCAGGGAGAGGCGCUGGCCGACUGGACGACGUCGCGAAACAGUUUCUUCUUCACGUCGGCUGUGAUCGGCGCUUCGGGGGUGGCUUUCGCCCUGCUAUUCCGACACGACCUCAUGCCCAAGGCUGGGCUCGAGGACCAGACUGUCGCUGCUGAGGCUGAGCGUGAGGGCGCGCGCGAUGCCGAGGCCCGGCAAGUUCACGCUGUCCCGACUAUUAACUGA